AUGGAUCCCAUCUCUGCGGUGGCCAUCGCCGCGUCACUCUUUUCGUUCUCAACUUCCAGUCUUUUGCUAGUUCAGAACUUCGUAAAGAGUGGCGAGACCCAGUUCUUACAUAUGAGCCUGGCCAUGGCGCAAAUCAUCUCUGAGAAUGAUGACAAUUCUUUUACUGGUUAUCGCGAUGGCAGCCACGCCCCCGUAGUUGGGCCCAUGACAAAGGCUUUGGAAUUGCCAGGUGAUACCAGACCAGUCAAGCAGCACGUGGAUCGACGAAUCGCCUUCGUAUCAGAGGUUCGAGAGCUCAUCGCAAAUGACUUCACUCGGAGUCUGGUCCUUAUAGUACCAAACGGCGCAGAUAGCUUUCGAUUCGUGACAGUACGCAACAAGAUUGACACGGGCAGCGACGAGAACUUUGUCAAUGCGGAACUACUGCAGAGGCACGAGAUCGACCCCGCGACAAUCACAACAAUUCCGGAAGAGACGAGAGAGCAGCGCACACUACAUAUGCUAAACGAUUUCAAAUUCACCCCGACGCAAGAGAUCAGGCUUUCCUGGCAUAAGCUUAAUGACAUGAAGCAGCGGGAGAGCGAUUUUGUAAUUGUCAAGGACGCUCCCUUCGACGUAUUGAUUGGAUCGAAACAGUGGCAGAGCGAGGUGAAGAAGUCGGCUUUCUUCUUGAUUGGAAGACGCAAGUCAAAAGCUGAAAAGAAGGAGCAAAAGGAAAAUGCCGAGAAAGAAGAGGAAAACGCAGAAAGACUUCUCAAAGCUCAGCUUGAACAGACAGAGGAGUUAUUAAAAGGCCGUACUCGUGUUAAUUCCGAUAAGUCGGACGAAGGAUCGAAGUCUGGGCGAAAAAUCUCAACAACGGUUACGGAAUUGUUCGGACCACUAUCUAUCAUCACGCUUGAAACUCCAUCGUCAGUCAAAAUGUCACAUUGUAAAGACUCAAAACCCCGCCAAAACGGCAAUCAAUCCGAAUCCUAUCCCGACCCAACUCACCUCGCAAAAAAGCCGCAGUACGAUAACACGGAAAAAGAUGGCUAUCCAUCAGUUAAUGAUUCCAAGCCAACAUUGAAACAUACCAAGCUUUGUCGCCGCCGAUAUCUUCUCUGCUUCAUUUGGCUCAGCGCCGUUCUCAUCUACAUCGCAAUCGAGUGGUUCAAUCUUGUCAGCAGUGCCGACAUUAUGAAACUGCUAGCUUGGAAACAUCGCGAUGAUUACGUUCCCUCUCUGCACUUCAAGUUCAGUCAGGUGUUCCUGCAGUACUACUUCAAAGUGCUCAAGUUAAAGGCUUCCUCAAGCACUACGCCAGGUAAUGGGUACUGGGGCACUUCUGACAUGGGGUAGGUUGUCUUUUUCUCCAUUGUGCCUUACGCCGUCAUCUGUGGCGUAGGUCGACUCUUUGAUCACUUGAUCAAAAAGUAGGUAAGUAUCGACCAGGGUUGCG